AUGCUGGAAGGAUCACUCCCGAUUCCACCACCAUCCAUUGUGAACUAUGAGGUUAAACACAACAAACUGAGCAGACAAGUUUCACCAGCAUUCUGCACUUUAAGUUCCAUUAAAUAUAUUGAUUUUGGGCAUAACAAUUUGAGUGGCAUGCUUCCAGACUACUUGGUAAAUGCCAGCGACUCACUUUUAGUUCUAAAUUUAGUACAUAACUCUUUUGGUGGUACCAUUCUUGAAAUCUGCACAGAUGGAAACCAGAUGAGGAUGAUUGAUCUAAGCUGUAACAAGUUCGAAGGGCGCUUACCACGAUCAUUGAGUAGCUGUUUGAUGCUAUGGACUUUGAAUCUCAGGAAAAAUCAAUUAGGAGAUGAGUUCCUUUCCUGGUUAGGGACACUUCCUGAUCUAAUUAAGUUGCCAUCUGAAUACUUCCAAAAAUGGAACUCCAUGAAAUCUUUUGAUGCUACCAAUUCAUCUUAUAUGAAAACAGUUUCAAAUUUCAUUACCAGGACCUCGGCUGACAGCGAUUUUUCUUGGACCCAAUAUUAUCCAAUGUCAAUCAAAAUAACAAUCAAAGGUGAAGAUGUUUUUGUAGUAAUUGAUUUCUCAAGCAAGAUGCUCGAAGGAGAGAUUCCAGAUUCCAUUGCGAACUUACAAGGGAUCCGAGUUCUUAACCUCUCCAACAACAGUAUAAGUGGUAGCAUACCAUCAACCUUGGGGAACAUAACGGUGCUUGAGUCAAUUGAUCUUUCUCAAAACAGGCUCCAUGGAGAGAUCCCUCCUCAACUGAAGCAGCUCACUUUUCUUGCCAUUUUCAAUGUAGCUCAUAACAAUCUUACAGGACCUAUACCAUAG